AUGGCAACCACUAUUCACGAAACACCAGAGUGGGAAACUCCAACACCGAAACAAUCUUUUCUCAGCAAACAUAAUCCCUUUUCAAAACCAAAAUCGAUACUUCCCACCACGAAAGAGGGUUCUUCGCAAUCAUUGGGUCAUGCUGCUGCGAUAGGAACCUUCGGAAAGCCUACAUUAAUUGAGAGAUUCAAUCGUGUAUUGCCUGGAAAUCGCACAUACUUUGGAAGGAGUCGCAAAGUAUUUUUGUUGAUUGUAGGAGGAAUAAUCGUAUUAUUACUUGUGUUGAUUCUUGGAUUGGGGCUUGGUCUUGGGCUGAAGCAUUCAUCGUCGAAAGCACUACCCCUUCCUUCACACGGUGGAGUAUUCACAGGAGAUCUCACAUACUAUGCACCAGGUCUCGGCGCAUGCGGGAUUACAUCCUCAUCUACUGAAUCCAUUUGCGCCGUAUCCCACAUCAUCUUUGAUGCCGCUUCAACCAGUUCAAACCCCAAUGCCAAUCCUCUCUGCGGAAAAAAGAUCAGGAUAACUCGACAGAAAGAUUCGGGCACAGGGAAUAAUACAGUCGAUGUAACGGUUGUAGAUAGAUGUGUUGGAUGCAAGGCCGAAGAUUUGGAUUUAAGCAUAACGGUUUUCGAAAAGUUGGCAUUAGAAUCACAGGGUAGAGUUACUGGAAGCUGGGCCUGGUUACAGUGA